UGGGACCCACGCCGCGCCCCUCGGCGCUGGCGCUAGAGGGGAGCUGACAGGUCCAGGUAGUCGAGCUCGCCCGGGGGUCCGCGCCGCACGGGACCCAGUGGCGGAGGGGGCGGAGUGGGGAGGAGACUGCAGCUCGGCCGAGCACGGCGCAGCCUCGGGCAGGCGGGCGGGCGGGCGGACGGCCGGCGUGACGCGGCGGGAUUAAGUUUGCAUGGCUAAUGUGAGCACCAGAGCGGAGGCCACUGGCUGCUCGGCCGCAGCUCGCCCGCACGCCGCCUCGGGGCGCCACCGCCAGGCUCCAACACUAAGAUCGGUGGUUUCCCUCUUGUCCAUCGGAGGACCUGCGUGGUACCAAGUUCCGCACAUGACUUAAUGAAUGAGAAGGUCAGAGGUCAGCCUUGACUUGCUGUUGGCACUCGUGGGAAUGCCAGUGCAGAGGAGGACCCAGCAUGACCACUGACCUAUGACUCCUAACAGUAUGACAGAAAAUGGCCUUGCAGCCUGGGACAAACAGAAGCCCCUUCCAGACCGAGGCCAGGACUGGAAACUGGUAGGAAUGUCUGAAGCCUGCCUGCACAGGACGAGCCAUGUGCAGAGGCGUGGUCCACUGAAGAAUGAACGGACAUCCCCUCACCUCAGCCAGGCCGCUUGGACGAACUCUAUAUUCCAUCUGGAUCCUGAGGAUGUGAGCGAUCAGAGCAUCUCAAGUGCCCAGACUUUCCAGACUGAAGAGAAGAAAUGCAAAGGGUAUAUCCCCAGCUAUUUAGACAAAGAUGAGCUGUGUGUAGUGUGUGGGGACAAAGCCACAGGGUACCACUAUCGCUGCAUCACCUGUGAAGGCUGCAAGGGCUUCUUUAGAAGAACCAUUCAGAAAAGUCUCCAUCCGUCUUAUUCCUGCAAAUAUGAAGGAAAGUGCAUCAUAGACAAAGUCACUCGCAACCAGUGCCAGGAAUGCCGUUUUAAGAAAUGCAUCUAUGUUGGCAUGGCAACAGACUUGGUGCUGGAUGACAGCAAGAGGCUAGCCAAGCGGAAGCUCAUAGAGGAGAACCGUGAGAAGAGGCGGCGGGAAGAGCUACAGAAAUCAAUUGGGCAUAAACCAGAGCCCACGGAUGAGGAAUGGGAGCUCAUCAAGACAGUCACUGAGGCCCACGUGGCCACCAAUGCCCAGGGCAGCCACUGGAAGCAGAAACGGAAAUUUCUGCCAGAAGACAUUGGACAAGCACCCAUUGUGAACGCCCCAGAAGGCGGCAAGGUUGACCUGGAAGCCUUCAGCCAUUUUACAAAAAUCAUCACACCAGCAAUCACCAGAGUGGUGGAUUUUGCCAAAAAGUUGCCCAUGUUUUGUGAGCUGCCGUGUGAAGACCAGAUCAUCCUCCUCAAAGGCUGCUGCAUGGAGAUCAUGUCCCUCCGAGCUGCUGUGCGCUAUGACCCCGACAGCGAGACUCUAACUUUGAAUGGGGAAAUGGCAGUGACACGGGGACAGCUGAAAAAUGGGGGUCUUGGGGUGGUGUCAGAUGCCAUCUUUGACCUGGGCAUGUCUCUGUCAUCUUUCAACCUGGAUGACACGGAAGUUGCCCUGCUUCAGGCCGUCCUGCUAAUGUCUUCAGAUCGCCCAGGGCUAGCCUGUGUUGAGAGAAUCGAGAAAUACCAAGACAGUUUCCUGUUGGCCUUUGAACACUAUAUCAAUUACCGGAAGCACCAUGUGACACACUUUUGGCCCAAACUCCUGAUGAAGGUCACAGACCUGCGGAUGAUUGGAGCCUGUCAUGCCAGCCGCUUCCUCCACAUGAAGGUGGAGUGCCCCACCGAGCUCUUCCCGCCUCUGUUCUUGGAAGUAUUCGAGGACUAAGUGUACUGGACAGGUUCUUGUCAUUCCUGCAGCACGACUGGGCGCCAUUGCAUUCCACCUGUAGCUUUCUGUUGUUGUUUCUUCGUUUCUUGGUGUCGAGUGAGAUCAUCAGAUGGUCAGUGGGUCAUCAAUGGCAUAGACUUGGAUGAAAUUGUCCUUUGAAUGUGGGUCUUUGUAAGCAUUGCAUUUUGUUCUCUAGUCCUUAGUGUGAAUGCUUUAAAGGGUUUACAGCAGUGCAGGCUGAGUAGGGGACAAUCGUUAUUUCACCAGCACCAAGUCAUCACCAGCUCCCAUCUGUCCCUGGGCAGACUCAAGCAAGUCAAACGGCAUUACAGAAGAUUAAAGAAGCCUUAAAACUGAGACCACAGUCAUCUUGAUCCAAUGUGAUCCAGUUCGGAUGUUUGCAAGGUGAAGCUAAGGGGAAAAGGAGCAGUUUCUACUCAGGAGCUCACCAUUUCCAGCACACUUACUCUCCAAGCAGCCUGGCUUGGAACGUGCAGGAAUGUCCACACCAUAACAAAUCAACUUUCCUUUCCAUUGCUUUUUGUAACCUUGUGAUUUACCUCAAGUUGAACAGGAGUAUGACUUGACAUGCAGGUACUUGACUGGUUUGAGGCCACAAGGAAAGUCUUUUUCUUAGUAUGCUCAUAGAGCUUGGAAAUCAUCAAUGUUACAGCAUAGUUUCUAAAAGGCACCUCAAGCAGGAAGGCACCUUUACAGCUUAGACAGAUUCACAAGCCAUUCCCACGAAGCUCAGAGUUUACAGAGUGCAGUCCCUUCUCAGUGGAUGGUCUGUGAAGCAGUCCUCUCCCUGGCUUGGCUCACUAAGGUCUUAUCCAGGCUGUGUGUGUUGAGUUCAUGAUGUUUCCCUGUAGAUUGAAUCCUCUAAUCAAGGACAGACAUGUUGAAAUUUCGGUCUUGAUUGGAAAAAUCCCUGAAAAAGAUCAGUGCAGGGACAAUUGGAUUCAAAGGAAAAGAACUGUUCAUGGUAUCGACUGUAGGAUUAGGGAGUGCCCCCGGGUCUGCAAGCCCUUCACUUAUUCACAAAUAUCCCCAUCCCUUCCUUGUCUCCCAGUCUCACCGCUGUGGUCCCCCACCUCUCCAGAUUCUGAGGCACUAAAUAGCUUCUCUCCUCUCUCUCUCUCUCUCUCUCUCU